AGUUGGCUCCAAGUUUGAAUAUGUGUACGCCGAAGAACUUUGAUGAUGCAUGGUUUGCUUGCUUCAGUGGAAAAUCUGAAUCAACGAUCGAAAGAUAUUUUUGAUCGACUUGAUGCGGCUUGCAGCCAAGCUGAUGCCCGGAUUCUAGGCCUGGAAGAACGCCUGGGUGCUGCAGUGGCACGCAUCGAGGGUGCGCGGGGAAGCACUGCUGCACUCAAGGUGCAAAGUGCCCGAACGUUUAGUGGCCGUGGAAAGCCUGAACUGCAUGCUUCUCGGCUUGUGAUUGAUGAAGGCCUUCUACUUUCUGUACGUCAGACUGCAGAUCUUCCAGAAGAGCUUGGUGCUCCACUUCCUUCUGCGACCAGCUCAGCAGAGGAGCUGGCCAGGGUGUCACGGUCUGUGACGCAUCACUGCAACUUGGUGACGCCAGAUCCACCCUUCAAGAAGAAACGCAAUGAGAGGUUGUUGCCCGUGGAGGGUCGUUUAUCCUCUGUCUCUGAACUCUUCCUGUUGAACUCCUCAGAGCAGCCAUACCGGGUGCGACAUGAAGUUGAUAACCUGGCAGAACUUGAGGAUGAACUCCGAAAGCCACGAGUCUUGUCUGCCGAAGCUCCAAAGACUGCAUCUCCAGAGGUCGGGGUGGAUCUCGAAGAAGAUGAGCCUGAGAGGGCCAUGGAAGAUUUACGCUUCCGGCCACGCCCUGCAACGGCAGAAGUCACCUUUGAUUUGCCUGAUGUGUUGCCGGAUUUGGGGCAUGUAGCGCACAUCACUUGGAGUGAGGGUGGUGAGACUGAACGCCCUGCUUGGGAUGUGGCCCCUGCCGAGCUGGCUCGGCGUGCCUCCACAGCCAAGCCAAGGGAGGCGCCUGCGGCGCCGAAGGUGAAGCGACAGCCACCGCCACCACCCAAACAACCCGUGACAGUGGCACCAGCUCCAGCUGCACCAUCCACUUCAUCUACUUCAGCGCCAGCUGCAGUACCGACACCGGUGACUGAGAAACCAAAAGCACAGCCACCUCCAGCUCCGGUGGCAAAGGGCAAAGGCAAGGACAAGGGAAAAGGAAAGGAAGGAAAGGGCAAAGGUGGCAAAGGCCCACCACCACCUCCACCAGCUAAGAAGGCUGGCGGCACUGCUCCCCCUGCCAAGGCUCCAGCCAUGAAAGCUGAAGGAGUUGGCAAGGCGGCCAUGUUUGCAGAUAUCCGUGCCGGAGCGAAGCUUCGCAAAGUGGCACCUCCAAAGGAGCGAAGCGGAGCGGCCAUUGGACGAGUCGUAUGACGGACGAGAGGUGAGAUGCAAACGUGAAAAAAUA